CACUGUUCAAAUGUGAAUUAUUUACUUCUUUAAUUUCGCCACAAAAAUAUUUUACCAUGGAGAGGCUAAACGAUGAUUGCGUGUGCAAUAUACUGGAGUUUCUGCCUCUCGUGGAGCAGAUAAAGAUGGCUCGACUGGCGCCGCGGUUCCAGGAGCUUCUUUGCCUCAUUGUGUGGCGAAAACCACGCUACCGGAAGGUUUCCGUGUCCGAUUCCAUUCUGGAGCCCCUCAGCAAGGAGGAUUACGUAUAUUUCUUUGAACUCACCAGUCCGGCAAUGGAGGAGCUGUAUAUUUGGAACGUGCACAAGAAGGCCUUCGAUUCGUACCUGGGACGUCAUCUGCUGAGACCUGAUCUGGCCUUUUACUUGCGAAGGGACUACAGUAAUCUCCGAGAGCUCUGCAUCGCGGACGAAAGCAUGAACAACAGCAUGAUUAACACUAUAGCCAAGAGCUGCCGCCAGCUGCGCAGCCUUAGCGUGUCCAGUGCCUACAUCACUGGCAAACACAUCACUGGACUGGUCAAUCUGGAGACACUGGUCGCUCCCGAAUGUUCGGUGGAACCUACGCUUUUGGCAGAACUGCUGGACCAGCUGCCUCUGAAGCACUUGGACCUCACUUCGAACCGACAUCCCGUGGAGGCGACGAUUCUACAGGCGGAGGGCAGCAAACGCCUAGAGCGCCUCGGACUGUCUGACGCCGAGGACUACGGCUUUCCGAUGGCCGACAGCCUUCCGCGACUGACCCAACUGGUGGUCAGUUACCAUAAGGUGAGCCCCCAGGAGCAACUUGCUAUGUUGGACACUACACGAAAGCGAGUGGAGCAAUCCAUGGGAAAGUAUCCUAAGCGUCUGCAAUCAAUAUUGUGCAAUGUAGUGGAUGUGGAAGUGGCGCUGGAGCAGAUUGCUGGCCUUGAAAAGCGCCACCCGAGGGACACGCCAAAGUUCAAUGAGCUGCUCAAGAUUAUGUACUUCUUGUCGAAUCCGCAGGGCGGAGAUUAAAAAUCACCUUGAGAUUUGCUGGGAGCUGAGUUUGACCUGGCCCCCCAAAA